CAUGCACGCCACUCCGAGCGGCAGGACGCGGUUCUCAGUCAACUACACGACUCCUUCUGUGUCCGCUGCCUUAGCACCGCUUCUUUCGCCUUUCCGCAUGCAAGGCUUAGAGUACUAAACUGCGCCACACAAGCUGCCGCUUUUGCGCACGAAAAUAGCGAGAUCGCGGCUGCAUUCGCAACACAUCGCGACAGCUUGCGCCAGAGGCUAGUUCAGCUCCCCACGACUGGUUAUGACGCUUAAGUGCCCGUCGCCCGGCCCCGUUGUGGCGCCCGGGACGGAUGUUGCCAAGUGGUUGCCGUCGCCGCCGCCCCCACCGCCGCCUCCCGUGGACGAGCCGCCGCCGCCGUCACCCCGGCCACCUACGCCCGCACCUCCGCCGUCGCCACCGCCCAGUCCGCAGCAAUCCCCAACACUGCAGACGCCAUCACCGCAGCCUCCCUCGCCGUCUCCCGCUCGCCCGCCGCCGCUGGCCCCCGCCCCGCCUGUCCUGGAGGUGUUGUGGGCGGCCUCCGCCUCCGGCCCCGUGGACCCCUACGGCAACAGCACCGCGCUGGGCUCGGCCGGUCGCCUGCUGGGCGCGCCGCGGCCCGGGCGCCGCCAAGCGCACCACGCAGACGCCGCCGCAUUGGUGCCCAUCAACGGCUUCCCUCAGCAGCAGCAGCAGCAGCAGCCGCAACAGCCGCUGCUGGUGUCGGUGCCUGUUUCACGGCUGCAGUACCCGGCGCUCAACUGGCUUGCUGUGGAGCCGAAGGCGGCGGCACGGCCGGCAGCCAAGGCCGUGGCGGCGGCCAACGGCAUCACUGCCGCGACCAUGGCCAACACUACGGCUGACGGCAGCACCGCAGCGGCGUCCUAUGUGGUGCUAGAUAGCUGGAAGCGCGGGCGGCUCUGUCAGCCGGGCACCUGAGGGCUGGGUGGUGGUGGGUGCGCGGCUGAGCGUCAACAACAACGGCGCCUUGGACAGCAAGGCGCAGCUGCCGCAGAUCCACGCCCUGGGGCUGGAGCUGGAGCGGUGCUGGCAGCGGGGUUUCCGUUACACUAC